GAUCCGACUUUUUCUUCUUUUCUGUAUUCCAUCCACACUAACCACCAACAACAGUCGCAAUGGCCCCCAAGACCAAGGCUCCCGCUGCCGCUAAGGAGAACGUCUCCCUCGGCCCUCUCGCCGGUGAUGGCAAGCUCGUUUUCGGAGUUGCCCGCAUCUUCGCCUCCUUCAACGAUACCUUCGUUCACGUUACCGAUCUUUCCGGUCGUGAAACCAUCUGCCGUGUUACCGGUGGUAUGAAGGUCAAGGCUGAUCGUGACGAGUCCUCCCCCUACGCCGCCAUGUUGGCCGCUCAGGACGUCGCUGUCCGCUGCAAGGAGCUCGGCAUCAACGCCCUCCACAUCAAGAUCCGUGCCACUGGUGGUAACGGCACCAAGACCCCCGGUCCCGGUGCCCAGUCUGCCCUCCGUGCCCUUGCCCGCUCCGGCAUGCGCAUCGGUCGCAUUGAGGAUGUCACCCCCACUCCCUCCGACUCUACCCGUCGCAAGGGUGGUCGCCGUGGUCGUCGUCUGUGAGCGUAUGCGGCUUGGUCUUUCCCUUCCUCUUGCAAGUCAUUGCAU